AAUUGAAGACAAAAAAUAUCGGCGCGUUCACUGUAACAUUGCCACCAUGAAGAACAGAGGUAUCAAAUUAGUGGUGGCCAUUUUUGGUUUGGCUCUCCUGGCACAAAAUGCCAACGGGGCGGAUUCGACUACUGUCGAGGUCACCAUACCAAAAGGUACCUUGCAAGGGUUGGAAACACAGACUGCAUUAAAUGGCGUGACAAUGUACAGCUUUAAGGGUGUAAGAUAUGCAGCUCCAGCAACUGGUACACGAAAAUUCUCUGUUGCCGAAGAGGUCGAGGCCUGGGAUGGUGUUUACGAUGCAACUCAACACGGAUCAAGAUGCGCACAAAUUUGUGUAGCAUCUUAUUCAUAUUACAUUGGCUCAGAUGACUGUCUAUUCCUCAACGUCUACACUCCAAACCUUGAUGAUCAGGCUUCUUUACCAGUGAUGAUUUGGUUUCACGGUGGAGACUACAAUUUUGGUUCCGGCGACAGUGACGUUUAUGGACCCGAUUAUAUUGUCGAAAAUGGCGUCGUAAUGGUGUCGGUCAAUUACAGAUUGGGUGCAGUAGGAUUCCUCAACACGAAAGAUGCUGCUGCUCCAGGCAACGUGGGUCUUAAGGAUCAAGUUGCUGCCAUGAGGUGGGUCCAGGACAAUAUUGAAUACUUUGGUGGAGAUCCAGGACGCGUAACCAUCUUUGGUGAUGCUUCUGGUGCUGGAUCUGUACAGUACCACAUGAUCUCACCACUCUCUGCUGGUCUCUUCGCCCAUGCCAUUGCUCAGAGCGGUACCGUCCUAACUACCUGGUCCAUUUCCUAUACCUCAACCGCAGAUGCCUUCGCUUUAGGAAGAGUAUUAGGAAUCAAUACCACCGAUUCCACUGAACUCGUUAAUGGAUUACUGAAUAUUGAUUCUAAGGACAUUGCUAGGGCAGCUUUUGGGAUGACUACAACUAAGGAGACAAUGGCAGGAGCUCUAUUCGUGUUCAGACCUUCAGUCGAGGUUGACGUUGGUCAGGAUAUAUAUCUUCCUGCUGAUCCUUGGCAACUUUUAAAAACCGGCCAGAUCAACGACGUUCCUUAUGUAAUGGGUUUCAAUAAAGACGAAGCGAUUAUAAUCGCUACUAGUAUCAGUAACGCAGAAUUCUUCAAUAGUAACUUCGACGGUUUCCUGCCUGUGGAACUGAAUCUCACAGCCAGUAGAGACAGUGAAGAGAUCAGCGAAGACGUUACAAAACUGAGAAACUUCUAUUUUGGUGGAAAUAAUAUCACCACCAACGACGUGCUGCCAUAUAUCGAGCUUCAGAGCGACAUAUACUUCACGUACGGGACAGCCUUCUCUUUAAAAAUAAUGGCGACCUACAUGAAAAGUCCUAUCUACAAUUAUCUUUUUACGUAUGACGGACAACUUGGAUUCUUCAAAAAAUUCUUCCGCAUUAAUAUGACGUCGGGCGUAGCCCAUGCAGAUGAAACUGGCUAUAUGUUCUAUCCGGCUGCUCUUGGUAUUACGCCAGAAAUUGGAUCGACAGAAGAAAAAAUGGUUUAUGCAAUGACUAGAAUGUGGACAGAUUUUGCAAAAUAUGGCAAUCCAACUCCAUGCCUUUCUGAGAACGUUACCACAAUUUGGGACGAAAUGACGAUAGAUGGAAAUUAUUUGGACAUCAAUCCAGAUUCAUUCAUGGACCAGAAUGUCUUUAAUGAUAGAGUCAAAUUGUGGGCGUCUAUAUUCAAAAAUGUUCUUGGCGAUUAUUAUUCUUAUUUCGAGUGAAAACUUGUGUAAAAUGUCAAACAGUGCUGACGGUACUUUUGUGUAAAAUAAUAAUAAUAAUUUAUAACGUAAAUAAGUGUA